AUGUUUGUUCAUUCGUCUCGUCAUUACCCAUCAUUGCCCUUAUCAUCGGAAUUAUUUGAUGAUAAUGAUCGAUAUGCUUCACGUUCUUAUCGAACGCCACGUCGUGAACGUUUUGAUUUUUAUACUUCGCGACAACAACCAUUUUCAGAAAUAUUACAACCUAGACGACCCGUUUAUUUUACCGGUCCCUUCUCAGUUACAUUGGAUAAUCGACGACCAGCAAGUUUAUUCGUGUAA